AUGUUGUUCCUCUACACUCCUCCCUCUUUCUAUACAUUCAUUGGAUUCAUGGAUUUCAGCCAGCUCGACUACAUUCUCGAGCGCGUGGCAUCGCGCUACAAGGUGGAUGCGCAGGAGGUGUUGGACAAAUGGUUGGAGAAGCGAGAGGUCCGUGAUCCUGAGGGAUGGAGGCUCCUCAAAGGUAUGCCUUGCAUCGUUGGAGGGUUGACAGCGCUUUUCGGGACCCUUGAAGGACGAGGGGGAAACUUCCCAUGGAAGACGCUACCUACCAUUCUAGCCCGUUGUGGCUGUAUCCUCAAAAACUACCCAGAAGACAUCCUUAUGCCCAGCGAGAGACGUUCAACACUUGCGAAGAGCAAGGGUAUACACGACCUCACUAUCCAUGAGCGCUUCAAACUUGCGGAUGCCCUCAAGAAUGACGCCCUCACCGUUAAAUCUGUUGCAACAGAUGCCCGCAAAAGUCUUACGACCUCACGUGUCCCCAUCAUUGUUGGAGAAGUGCCCAUUGCAAAUUCUCUUCACACUCGUGGGCGACGAGGGUUUGCCAAUGGACGGAUUGAUAGGUUUGGCCUGACCCAUCUGGGCAACACUUCUCCUUCAAAAUCUGGCGCCACGUCAUCUAAUCGGCGCAGACUUCGUGUGUUUGUAGAAGUACCACUUGCGCCACCCUCCUGGAGGUUGAAGGCAAUUCAGCAAUGUUCACUGGUCAUUGAACCCAAUCAUAGUGACCUUGUCCCAGAGAUCACCACUAUUAAUGAUGAAGACGCAGUCAGCAAUGCCACUACCGAGGACAAAGGAGAGAUUGAUGAGCUUUUCAGUUCGCAGCUGCAGGAACAAACAUGA